UUACCGAACGUUUUAAACGCGCGAAGUCAUUUCAUUCAGUCAUUCUGUAGAGCAAGUUGUUUCUCACUUUUUUCAGCUUAUUUCAUUUCGUUAUUGAAAUGGCCUUCACCAAUUUUUCCAAUUCGCCUCAACAAGACGUCCUACCUCAAGCGACCAAACCAUCAACUCUAUUUUCAGCCAGAAACCUUUCCAAGGGCUUCACUCCAUCCAGAUGCGUCUCUUGUGAGCCACGCAAGACGCCGUCCAGCCUUACGACUCCAAGGAGAAACCCCAGGACGCCGUUAGCGAAAAAUGCGCCUCUCUGUGACAGAUUUAUUCCCGUGCGGAAAGGGGUUGACCAUGAACUGAAUAGUUACACUCUACUGGAGAGUCUGACUGAUGGUGGAAAGGAAGAGGAAGCUCCUGACGAAAUGAAGAGCGAAUUUCAGAAACACGUGGAGAAGGAACUGCUUGUGAAGCCGGACAAAAUCUUGUCAUUCAGAACGAAACCGCCAAAAUGUGAAGAUACACAUACUAGACUGAGGUCAUUGUAUUCAAUGAACAAAAUGGCGGCUCCUAAUAAAUCAACACGCUACAUCUCAACGAGUGCAGAAAAGGUACUGGAUGCUCCCGACGUGAUCAACGACUUUUAUAUCAAUGUUCUUGAUUGGAGUAUUGACAAUGUUGUAUGCAUCGCACUCGGGCCGUGUGUUUACAUGUGGAAUGCCGAUACAGCCAAUUUGAGUCAUUUGUUGGAUAUGUCUGUUAGUGGAGACGAGUUGGAGUGUGUGACUUCUUUGUGUUAUGAUGCGAGCGGGAAGAUAUUGGGAGUGGGAAACAGUAGAAAUGAGGUACAGUUGUGGGAUGUGAUGCAACAGAAGAAGCUGAGGACGAUGAGUGGGCAUGAGAGUCGAGUGUCGUCUCUUUCAUGGAAUGGACCAUUUUUGACAAGUGGUAGUUCGAGUGGACAUAUUCACUACCACGAUGUUCGUGUUUCUGAUCACUGCAUGACAAAGGUGGCUGCUCAUCGUGGCGAAGUGUGUGGACUGAAAUGGUCACCAGACGGUCGGCAUCUAGCAUCAGGAUCUAAUGACAAUCAAAUUAAGAUAUGGACAGGAGUUGAUAGAAUGAGAAAUCCACUGCAUACUCUUACGGAUCACAUUGCAGCAGUGAAGGCUCUUGGUUGGUGUCCUUGGCAGUCUUCUCUGUUGGCGAGUGGAGCUGGCACAGCAGACAGAUCCAUUAAGUUGUGGAACGUUGUGACUGGACAAUGUCUCAAGUCUACAGACACUAAAUCACAGGUGUGUGGUGUGCUGUGGUCAGAAACUUAUCGUGAGCUGAUAUCUGGGCAUGGGUAUAGCCAGAAUCAGUUGUCAAUGUGGAAAUACCCAACAAUGACUAAAGUGUGUGACCUGAUGGGUCACACUGAACGCAUCCUGCACAUGUGCUGCAGUCCGGCCAACAACAUGGUCGCAUCGUUGGCAGCAGACGAAACGUUAAGAUUGUGGAAUUGCUUUCAAGAAGACAAAAGCAAGAAGAGCCAGCGUCUAAAGAAAACUAGCCAUGACAGGUCACGCAGCAUCCUCAAUCAUAUUCGAUAGUCUACAGUUGCUAAUUAGACACAAAGUGAGUAUUGUCUAAAUAAUAUAUGAGAGGGUAGUCUAGAUAUGGAAUUACAAAUUGCCAGUUAUAUAUAAUACAACUUCUGAACUCGUUUGUUA